CAGUGAAUAUACGACUGCUGCUGUGUGUUAUAUUCACUGCAACAUUUUUGAUUUUAACAUGCAAUACGUGAUUUCAUCACCACAAUGUUAUUGCUGUAAACUGAAUGGGUUUUGCUUGGCCCGAGGCCAGGUAUAGCGUCUGGGACCGACUGGUUACCAGGGUGGGGCACGGUUGGUUGUCGUUCUACCUGCGUCCUAUCUGCCCUCUGUGACUAGAGGAGAAAUGCUGAUUCAAAUAACACCCAGUAUGACAGACAGACAUACUGGUUCGAAACUCAUUAUGUUGGUUAUGACUGAACACUCCGACCCGCAGAGCCAAACCAGAGAUAGGUCUAGCUUUACAUAGAGAGAGCUAACGUUACAGUUUGGAGCAUUGUCUGUGUAUAGCUAGUAAGGUUUCACAAAAGGCAAUGCUGCGGUUGUGUGACAGAUGGGCUUUUGUGUGAAAUCUACGACUCGCCACCAACCUGACCUUCAGCGUCAUACGUAGAGUGCAACACGGAGCAUCAAAAUGAAGAAAAAAGCUCGGCAGCACCGGGUUGUGGUGCCGCACAGGCCGCCAUCUCCCAUCAAGCCUUCCCCCAACAAGCAGAUUUUGACUUAUGCCCAGGCACAGCGCAUGGUGGAAUUUGAGAUGGAUGGCCGUAUCCACCGGCUCAGCAUAUAUGACAAGCUGGAUGUGAUUUUGGAUGAUGACCCGACAGUGCAGGAGAUGAUGGAGUGUACAAGCAAUAAGGAGAAUGCUGAGAAACCACAACAGCAGGUCCUCCUGAGGUCAGUCAGGCUAAAAAACAAUCAGGAGAAAAGAAAUGCUGCACUGGGCAUCACUGGUCACGGAGAAGGAGGUCAUCAUGCCAGCAGUAAUGUGGGUCCAAAGCUUCCAGAACCUAAGUUCCGAAGAGUGGAAUAUAAUCUUCCAGCAGUUCCUAAGCGACCAGCUGCAUUUUAUAAAUACACAGAAAAGACAGAAGAAGAGCUGGAUGAGGAAACAGAAUAUGACAUGGAUGAGGAAGAUUAUGCCUGGCUGGAUUUGGUUAAUGAGAAACGACGAAGUGAGGGUGUCAGCCAGGUCUCCCACAAUGUUUUUGAGUUCCUUGUUGACCGCUUUGAGAAAGAGUUGUACCUGGAGAGUCUGGAUCAAGGCAGUGAAAAGCAAGCUGCUAUUGAUGACGAAGCUAUCUGCUGCAUCUGCAUGGAUGGAGAAUGUCACAAUAGCAAUGCUAUUUUAUUUUGUGAUAUGUGCAACAUUGCUGUGCACCAAGAAUGCUAUGGUGUGCCCUACGUUCCUGAAGGCCAGUGGCUUUGCAGACAUUGUCUCCAGGCACCCACUCAACCUGUGGACUGCAUCCUCUGUCCCAACAAGGGUGGUGCAGUAAAAAAGACAGAUGAUGAUCGCUGGGGCCACGUGGUGUGUGCCCUUUGGGUUCCUGAGGUCGGCUUCUCCAAUACCACCUUCAUUGAACCUAUUGAUGGUGUCAGCCACAUUCCUCCAGCUCGCUGGAAGCUCAGCUGCUACCUCUGCAAGGAGAAAGGUGCUGGGGCAUGCAUCCAGUGCCACAAAGCCAACUGUUACACUGCCUUCCAUGUGAGCUGUGCCCAAAAGGCUGGCCUCUUUAUGAAGAUGGAGCCAAUCAAAGAGGUAACAGCAACAGGAGAGCCCACCUUCUCAGUGAAAAAGACAGCCUACUGUGGAGCUCACACACCUAAUGGCUGCAUAAGGAGGCCACUUGCAAUCUAUGAAGAUGCCAAACCAAAAAAUGGACUAUGUAAGAAAGUGGACAAGGUGGGAGGUUCUAGCAAAGGACAUUCAAAAGGAAAACACAAGAAGAAGAAGAAGAGUAAGAGUAAGAAGCCUGACCCUGAAGUUGAAAGUGAAGCUGCAACCCCUGCUACUGUGCCUAUUUUUCCUGCUCACAGGUUACAAACCAUUCUGAACCAGGUGUCAGUCCAGAAGAAGAAGGCAUUUGUGGAGCUGGUCCUAAAUUAUUGGACGCUAAAGAGGCAGUCCAGGAAUGGGCUUCCUCUCAUCCGACGCCUUCAGACAAGCCUACAAUCUCAGAAGAAUGUGCAACCGGUUUGUUCAUCUAGACAGAGCAAGGAGGAAGGUAGGGCAUUAAAGGACCAGUUGAAGGAAUGGCACCGUCUCCGACAUGACUUGGAGAGAGCCCGGCUGUUGUUGGAGCUAAUCCGCAAAAGAGAGAAGCUCAAGAGGGAAGAGAUUAAAUUGCAGGAGACCCUUUUAGAGAUGCAUCUGACGCCCUUCAACAUUUUGCUCAGAGCUCUUUUGGACCAGCUCCAGGCAAAAGACCAGGCCAGGAUCUUCGCCCAGCCGGUUGAUGUCAAUGAGGUGCCUGACUACCUUGACCACAUCAAGCACCCAAUGGAUUUCUCCACCAUGCGGCAGCACAUUGAUGCUCAGAGCUACAACAACUUUGAGCAGUUUGAGAAUCACUUUAACCUUAUUAUUGACAACUGCAUGAAGUAUAACUCAAAGGAUACUUAUUUUUAUCGGGCUGCUGUUCGCCUUCGAGACCAGGGUGGAGCCUUGCUCAGAAAAGCCCGCCGUGAUGUGGAGAAAAUUGGCUUCGACGCAGAUAGCGGCAUGCAUCUGGCCGAGGCUCCUGAAAUUCGAGCACCACCUUCCUUUUCUUGGGAGGAUGUUGCCCGCCUACUAGUGCCAGCCAAUCGGGAGCAUCUGUCUCUGGACAAGCAGCUUCAGCAACUGCUCGAGAAGUUUGACCUGACCUGUGCCAUGAAGUCCAGUCCCUCCCGCAGCAAGCGCGUCAAGCUGCUCAAAAAGACCAUUAAUGAUGUUCGCAAUGAAAUGAGCCUAAAGCGAGUCCUGCCCUCCCACCAGCACUGUUCUUCCUCUAUAGCUCCUUCCACAUCGGCAUCAUCUUCAUCAGCUUCCUCCCACCCACAUCUGGGUAAACCUAAAGAAGAGAGUCUGAAGACCAAUGGACAUUUCCCAGAUGAGGAGGGAGACAAGUCUCUUCCUCCUAAACUGGAACUAUCAGACUCCAUACCUCCCCUCAUCCACUCAGACACAGACCCUGAGCCCCCCACUCUCAAACCAAUUGAUUCCACCCUAGACUGCGAAGACAUGACUCACAGCAAUCAAGUCAAACUUGAUGGGGAAAUACCAGAUCUGCUCUCCUCAACCCCACUGCUCAAUGGCCAUUCCCAUGACAACCUCCAGAACUCCCUGCCGGACGGAGAUAGGAGUGUGGUUGCCACAUCGACCCCUGCCGAGGCCAUAGGCACUGUUAACUGUCGGUCCUCCGUGCUCUUCUGCAAAUCGAAGACUGCCAGCCCCGAGAAGCCUCCAAGGAUAGGAGACGAGGGGGCCGACAAUGUUGACAGUAUAGAGGGCAAGGAAGAGGAAGAUGAGGACAGUGGACAGCUGGGGUCCAAAUCCUUCCUGUCAGUGGUUAUACCCAGGCUGGAGACAUUACUUCACAGCAAGAAGAGGAAGCACAGUGGCAGUAGAGAUGGCGAGGAGGAGGCGGGAGCAGAGAGAGAGCAUGAAGAGGAAGGAGAGUCUCGUGUUAAAAGAACUGACAAUGGCCUGUCAAGUGGUUUUCGAGAAGUGGAGGAGGAUAAGGAGCUAGAAGAACCCAGCAGAACCAGUAGAGCUAUGGAGCCACGAAGACGCUGUGCCUCAGAGUCUUCCAUCUCCUCAUGUAGCAGUCUGCCAGGAAGCACCAGCACUGUUCUCAGUCUUCCAAAAUGUGGGAAGGGAAAACCUGCCUUGGUCCGGAGAAACACUGUGGACGAUAAGAGCGAAUUAAUCGCCUGCAUUGAAACCGGGAACUUUGCAAAAGCUGCACGAAUUGCUGCUGAGGUUGGCAACAGCAACAUUUGGAUGCCUGCUAGUGCUGCAACAGUUGCAUUGGAACCCCUACAGCUAGUUUGGGCCAAAUGUAGUGGAUACCCAUCCUACCCUGCCUUGAUCAUAGACCCCCACAUGUCGCGUGUGGGCUGCCAGCACAAUGGGGUGUCCAUCCCUACGCCCCCUAUGGACGUGCUACGCAUUGGAGAACAGAUGCAGUACAAAUCCGAAGAGAAACUCUACCUCGUUCUCUUCUUUGACAACAAGCGCAGCUGGCAAUGGCUUCCUAGGUCUAAGAUGGUUCCUCUGGGGAUGGACAAGACCAUAGACAAGAUCAAAAUGAUGGAGGGACGCACAUCGAGCAUUCGCAAGGCAGUCCAGAUUGCCUUCAGCCGUGCUAUGAAUCACCUGAGCAUUGUGCAGGAUGAGCCAGUCAGCGACCUCAGUGACGUGGACUGAUGACAUUCGCUAACCCCCCCCCACAGACACUCGUACCUCUAGAGUACCAAAUACUGUCGUCUUCCCACCCCUCUCUGUCUCUGCAGGAGACUCAAAUGUUUACUGGGCAUCUGCUGUAACAGGUGGUCUCUCGUCCUCAUCCAUUCCUACUUAUACACACUCCUACCAUGUGCCGACAAGAUACGGCUGCUGCUGAAAUGAAUGUCUCAUCUAUCCUCUCCACCUCCAGGCUUGUAACUGCUUAGAGAUUGCUCCCAUUUCGUCACCUCCACCCUUACUUCACCAGUUCUGUCAUUUUCAUUUAUCUUUGCAAGACAAAAAACCUUCCAGAGUAGCUGUGGUGUCAGGACGUUGUAAUAAAAAAAAAAUAACAUAGCAAAAGUUGGCUCCAGUCGGAAGGUUUUUUUAAACUGUCCAUUAUUUUGGCAGUUAGCCAAUCAUCUUUUGUGUUUUAAAAGUAGCUAUAGUAGAACUGAUUAAAAACACAUUUCCUAAAUAGAGGCUUUGCAGUUGAAUUGAAUCAGCUGUAGCCAAAACUUAAGGUUAUGUCAAGGACGAUUUUCCUUUUGCAAACUCCUUCUAUUAUAUUUAAACUGUAAAUAAUCUGUACAGUUGCUUGACACUAACUUAUUUAGAUUUUUUUGACAUAAUGGGUAUUGUACAGGAGUUUUCUUAAUAUUUAUACUUGAUGCAUUCUUGGCACUAAGGUGUGAAUGCUGUGAUCCAGAAUAAAACAAAGUACGGAAGCCUUAUUAUUAAGGAGACUAGGGCUACAACUUCAUGUUUCUGAAAAGUAUGAAAGCGUUCCCUUUUCAAUUUUUUAAGUUAUUCAAGUUUAUAAUCUUAAGCUUCCAUUUAGCAUUAAUCUUUUUUGUACUAAAAAUAGUUGUAGUAUAUUUUUGUUUAUAUAUAUUUAUAUGAUUUCACAGAAUACACAGUAAUACAGUGUGUAAGUGUCUGAUGUUGUGGACAGAACUUUUAUUGUUCUAAAGAAACCAAAAAUGUUGCUACCUUGGAUGUUUUUUGCUGAGUGUUUUUCUGUGUGAUGUUAAUUGUUGCCAAAAAAAAGAGAAAAAAGUAAAGUGUAUUUUUCUGUGAAACAUAUGACCGUUACUUGGUUUUGCUGUAGUCAUAGGGACCUGUGCCUGCGUUAACUUAUUGUAUUACUUUAUAUUCAAGGAAAGACGUGCAAACUGUGGUUAAGUGGCACAUUUUGUGGUGGAUACUUACCUUCUUUUUAAGUAACCUUUUCUAACUUUUUUUUUGUAGCUGUAGACUUCAAGGUAUUCAUUUUAUUCUAUUGUCUAUUUUUCUGGGUAGCAUUGGGUAGUUUUGGUAUGUUUUAUUUUGUACUUAACUGUAGUAGUUUUUUUUUAAAUAGGUCACAAAAUAUUGCUGGGGCUGUUUUGUAGCAAAGCAAAAAAUAAAUACAUAUAAU